AUGGGAAUGCGGUGCAUCGGCCUGCGGGGUGGGGCAGAUGAUGACAGUCUCUUCGACAUCAGCAAGGAGGUAGAGGAAGCUGAAGCUGAAAAGAUCCCGACUCUUCAUGUGGAGGGAGUGGAGGAUUCCGUCCUCGAACAACAGCCUCCGGAGAUUCUGCAAGGAGACAUCCACUAUGGUUCUGAACACUCUUCAGAUGGAGAUCCUUUCGCAGAUACCCCCAUACGACAGUCAAGACCCUCACACGAGAAACAUGCUCGACGUCCAGGUGCCGACCCGUCAGAGUUGGACGACCUGAGCGAGGCCGAGGCGCAGGACGUCGAGAGACUGACUGCAGAGUUGGAUGCAGACAUCCAGAGAACGAUGGCAGAGGACAUGAAGCUGUCGGAUGAUUCCGAUGAUCAGGUCGACAGCAGGCACAGCAAGAGCGCUCACAGGGAUAACCCCAGCAAGGUGCGGUAG